GAAGCUGCUGAACGGAGACAUCCUCAGGGUGUUGUCUAAACGAAAAGGAAGUAGCCUUUGGACUCUGCAGAGCAGCAUGAACACGGGGGGAUCGGACUAUUCUGGAUCCGAACCAGCUGCCCACGGCGGGUCGUCCAGACAGAGCUCCGUUGUGGAGCGGCUGUCCAGAUAUGGCCUCCCGGUGCUUCCCGGAGCCUCCCAGCGCAGGUCGCGGCUGCAGAGGCAGCAGGAGGUCUGGGACAGCUCCGCUCCGGAGAGAGCAUCGAUCACAUCCGCCACGCGCAAACACCAUCUGAAGCAGCUGCUCCUGGGUCAGUCGUCUCACAGCGGGCUCAGCUUCUGCUCUUCGCACAGGCCGAGCUCGUCAGAGUCCCAGCAGGACGCGGACUGGGCUCUGUACCCGAUGGAGCACGCCUGGAUGCUGUCGGCCGCGGAGGGGAACUACGAAACCCUCCUGGACUUCGUCUCUGAGGAGCCCAGUCUGCUGACCAGGCGGGACUUCAUCAGCGGGUACUCGGUCCUGCACUGGCUGUCCAAGAGGGGACAGGACGAGACUCUGCUCAAACUCCUGCGGUACACGGAGAGCGCGGGGCUCCAGGUGAACGUGAACCUGCGGGGCAGCGGGGGGCUGACGCCGCUGCACGUGGCCAGCAUGCACGGCCAGUUCCCGGUCAUCAAGCUGCUGGUCGGAGCCUUCGGCGCCGACGUGGAUAUCAUGGAUUACAACGGGAGGAGAGCCUGGCAGUAUCUGAAGGAGGACGCCCCGCAGGCGAUGAAAGAGCUGCUGGGAACGUGGGACGACGAGCACGGCGAUCGAUGUGCGCAAAAUCUAAACAUUAACAAUAACUGCGCAUGCGCAGUGAACCUGAUUGCGCCCGAGGUGGAAGGAGGGCCUGAAGAACAGAACCACCUGGAGCGAAAGAGGAAGGGCAACUGGACAACUGGGUCUUUCAAAAAGCUGUGGUCCUCUUUUUCAUUUCAUGGAUACAAAUCCUGAAAUUAUGUUUAACUUUGUCUCA